AUGGACAGUGAAGAACUAAAACGUUUCUGUCUCAAUAAUACUGCAACAUUUUGUCAAGAUGCGACAGACUUUGGUAAGGAUCUCCCGAUUUACUUUUUUGUAUCAGUAAUCGUUGUUACCUUAGUUGGCUUAACCUUAAACACUACAGUAAUAUACUGCACCAUUCGUAAAAAAAAACAGAAAUCGGCGAUGGAUAUUUUAUUAUUGAGUUUAGCGGUUUCUGACGCAAUAUUUAACAUCAUCACUGCGAUAGCUUUACUUUUGUCCAUGGUCGGAGCAAAGUUUGGUUACUUCGACGUCUUUGUUAUAUCCGCUGUUACAUUUGAAUUUACCCACCUCUCGGUUAUUGCUUCAACUCUGCAUGUCUUAAUGAUUUCAUUUGAACGUUACUUAGCUGUGUUGCAUCCACUGAGGUAUAAAUCAUAUACAGGUACAAGGCGUAUGAAAAAAAUCAUUUUUAUCUUAUGGAUCUUGACAUUAUUAAUUCAAAGCUCAAAAACAAUUUUUCAAUUUCAUGAUGGUUUUGUGUCGUCUAUCAAAUAUGAACAGGAAGUUUUUUACAUAUCGGCAGGAAUAAUAUUUACAUCCGGAAUUAUUCUCGGAUAUGUUUAUUCUUUUGUUGGAUUCGCCUUAUAUAAACAUAUUAUAUCACAAGAGUCCAUGAGAGUGCAAUUUCAAAGCAAAAGGUUGAGGAAAGAAACUACGGCUACCAUAACUGGUGGAAUGGUUACGAGUGGUUUCAUAAUACUGACAUAUCCAUUGGCUGUCUCGUUUUGCAUGCCGUAUGAUUCAACAACAGCGAAAGUUACUAUCGCUCUUUAA